AUGUACUCAUUCAAGCCGACCAGCAUGAUACUUUCACCAUUCGCGAAAAGAAAUGCACUCUUGAGUUGCUAUUUAGUGCUCUUCGGUUUGCUGGCUCAAGCAAAAGCACAAAAUUCUACCUACUUCAACCCUGUUCUUCCCGGCUGGCACUCAGAUCCCUCUUGCGCUGUUGUUGACGAUAUUUUCUAUUGCGUUACUUCAACAUUCAUCUCUUUCCCUGGUCUACCCAUCUACGCUUCCAAAGAUUUGAUUGACUGGAAGCUGAAUGGCAUGUAUGCAGCUACUAUUCGAUACCACGACGGCCAGUUCUUUGUGAUUUGCCAGUAUUUGAAUGCACCAGAGGGUAACAUUGGUGUGGUAUUCAAGAGCUCAGACCCUUACAGCAACUCUGCUUGGAGUGAUCCGGUACGAUUCAAGCCUUCGAAUAUUGAUCCUGACUUGUUCUGGGAUGAUGACGGCAAAGUUUAUUCCGUAAUGGCAGGCAUCACACUUCAGGAGAUUGAUCUUGAGACUGGAGAUCUAAGUCAGCCACCUCUGAGUGUUUGGAACGGCACUGGUGGGACGUAUCCUGAAGGGCCACACCUUUACAAGAAAGACAACUGGUACUACCUCAUGAUUGCAGAGGGUGGUACAGAGCUCAAUCACUCCAUUACAAUCGCACGGUCACGCAACAUCAACGGCCCAUAUGACAGUUAUGCCAAUAACCCUAUCCUUACUGCGCGAGGCACAGACGGAUACUUCCAGACCGUUGGUCAUGGAGACCUCUUCCAAGAUCAGAAGGGCAAGUGGUGGGGAAUGUGCCUAUCGACACGUUCGGGGCCUGACUGGACUAUCUAUCCUAUGGGGCGUGAGGCUGUACUUUUUCCUGCUACAUGGGACGAAGAUGAAUGGCCAAUCUUGCAGCAAGUAGAGGGGCGCAUGAACGGAUGGCACCUACCACCACGUAGUCGCGAUGUAGCUGGGACGGGACCCUUUAACGACGACCCUGAUCGAUACGAUUUUUCUCUUAAGAGUUCAAUUCCGGCCAAUCUUGUCUACUGGCGUGUUCCACGUCAAGGAUCCUUUAGUAUCUCAAGUAAUGGCCUGCUGGUGGUACCAAGCCGAAGUAAUUUAACCGGUGUCAUCCCUACUUCAGACUCUGAUGACGCUCUCUCGCUAAAUGGCCGACGAGGUCUCUCUUUCAUUGGCAGGCGUCAAAAACAUACAAUUUUUGACUAUACUGUUGAUUUAUCCUUUUCCCCCAAAGAGAUAGAUCAAGAGGCUGGGGUGACCAUUUUUCUCACACAAUUUAAUCACGUCGAUCUAUCUUUAGUCCUCCUUCAACAGGAUAACACAGCCAACCCGAGUCUCUUUCUUCGCCUCAGGGCUAUUAGCGGAGGCUCCACUGUCGACUCAUCCUUGACGCCGCUACCAGAACCCUGGGGACCUGGUUUUUUGCGCUUCGAGAUUCAAGCACCAAAUGCGACUCUUUUCACUUUCUCAGCUAUGCCAGCAUCAGAGCCACAAAAGAGAAUCACUGUGGGUGCAGCUUCAGGAUCGCUGCUAAGCGGAAAUACGGGCCCAUUUACGGGAAGCCUUGUUGGCAUUUUUGCGACUUGUAAUGGAGCUGGGAACGAAGAUACUGGUUGCCCGGAAGGAGGCAAUGCCUAUUUUCAGCGAUGGAGGUACACGGGAAUAGCGCAGUACAUAUCAAAUGAGACGGCGAUUCCGACACAGGGAGAACAUUCUCUAUCUACUUAG